AUGUUCAACAUAAUACGACCUGGCCUACAGAGGUCUUUGAUACGACUUCAUUCGGGGUGCAGGGGCAGCCUGCGUUCUCCAAUGGAGAACGUUCUUUCCAAACGUUUUGUGCAUCUUUCUCACAAUGGCUUCGGAUCGGAAAACGCAAAAAUACCGUGUAUGAUCUCUCAAGCUCAUUGGUCGGGAAAAAUUGGCUGGGAAGUGGGUUCAUUGCGUGGUUUAAGACAAUUCAGUUCAUCUCCGACAAGAGCGACCAAGGCGGAGAAGAGCGAAAGUGGACAAGAAAAAGACUCUGAAACCUCCUCGAAAAGCAGUUUUUCUGAGAUCAUGCAGAUGCUGAAACUAGCAAAACCUGAAACCAAGCUUAUGGGCCUAGCGAUGCUGUUUUUGUGUGUAUCUUCAACGGUGAGCAUGCUAUUUCCUUCCAUAAUUGGAAAGGUUAUAGAUAUGACCAAAGACGACAGUACGGAUUGCAUCAAGAUAUUCAACCGGGAAAUUCCGCUUGUUAACUUCUAUGUGUGUAUAACCAUAACAUUCAUGGUUGGGGCUCUGGCCAAUUUCGGAAGAGUGGUGACCCUAAGAAGAGUCGGUGAAAGGCUGAUGGCUAGGAUCAGACUGAGAACGUUGAAGAAGUUGUUCUACCAGGAUGCGACAUUCUGGGAUAAGCAGAAAAGUGGAGAUCUAAUAUCAAGACUCAUAAACGACUCUACCGUUGUGACUCGUUCUUUGACUCAGAACGUCAGUGAUGGGUUGAGAGCAGGUAUCAGUGGAUUGGUUGGAAUAUCAAUGAUGUUCUUCAUCUCCUCCAAACUUACAGCAUACAUGUGUCUCAUGUUCCCGCCUCUGAUAUUUCUCUCUUUGGUUUUUGGUAGAAGAAUAAAGGCUCUUUCCAAGCUGAUACAACAACAGCUGGGAAGUCUUACGCGAGUCUCAGAGGAGCAGUUUGGGUUUGUGAAAACUAUCCAGACGUUUAACAACGAGGCUCAUGAGGUGGGGAAAUUCAAGACCGAGGUCAAGAAAUUGUACGACCUUUCUAUUAAAGAGGGCCAGCUGAAUGGGUACUUCUACGGAGGCACGGGCUUUGUGGGAAAUAUCGCCAUCAUCGCGCUUUUAUCUAUGGGCACGUACAUGGUUAAGGCUGGCGAGCUUUCUGUUGGUGAUCUCUCCAGUUUCAUGAUGUACACGAUCUACAGUGGCUCCAGUGUGUUUUCAUUGUCCAAUUUCUAUACGGAGCUGAUGAAAGGAGUUGGAGCUUCCUCUAGGGUUUUUGAACUGACCAACAUUACACCUUUGAUCAACCCUGUUACAGGAAAGAAGAUCAACGACAUAGAUGGGGACAUUGUCUUCAAAGACAUUCACUUCAAGUACCCCACCAGGCCCCACCACACUGUUUUCAGCAAUCUGAACUUGAAGAUCAAAAGGGGAGAACAUGUUUGCCUUGUGGGACCUAGUGGAUGUGGUAAAUCUACUAUCAGUCAGUUAUUGCUCAGAUUCUACGACCCGCUGGAAGGUGAGAUUCUUCUCAAUGGUCACAACCUCAAAGACAUGAGUCUCAGCUACUACCGCAGACAAGUGGGAAUAGUUCAACAGGAACCGACGCUUUUUUCGGGAACAAUCUUAGAAAAUCUCACCUACGGAAAGAAAGACGCUACGCAGGAAGAGGUGAUCAAAGCCUGUCAGCUGGCAAGUUGCCAGGAGUUCAUUGAACAGUUUGCUGAUAAAUACCAGACCGUGGUAGGUUCGAAAGGAGCGUCGUUAUCCGGUGGUCAGAAACAAAGAGUUGCUCUGGCAAGGACUCUUAUCACCAACCCUAAGAUCCUCAUUCUUGACGAAGCCACCUCUGCCCUGGACACGCGAUCCGAGAAGGCCAUUCAAAAGACGCUCAUCCAGAGACAGCAGAAGGGACAGACCACAAUCAGUAUUGCACACAGACUGAGCACAAUCAGAAUGAGCGAUAGAAUUGUAGUGUUCAACCAUAAAGGUGAGAUUGUGGAGCAAGGUGCAUUCAAGGAGAUGUAUGCGGAUCCUCAAAGCGAGUUAAAUAAGCUGCUGAGCAAGAAUGAGGGCAAAGACUCCACUGAAGAAGAGCUUGACGAGAUUGAGGAAGCCAAAAAAUCGGGAAAUUGA